AUGGCCGAUCCUCUAACUAUGUUUAUCGUUAUCCGGAAGGAUUUAAUCAAGACCCUUGGAUGGUCAACUGGCAGUGUAAUUGCUCAAGCAUGCCAUGCAUCCACGGCCGUCUUGCACAAUACCCAGGAUUUGAAAGAUACGCGCGAAUAUCUAGCCGACUUGCACAAUAUGCACAAAGUCGUCCUUGAGGUCAAGAAUCUGCCACAACUAGAAUCCUUAGCAGCAAGUCUUUCAAGUCUGGAUGUACCACAUGUCACUUGGAGAGAGCAGCCGGAGGAUAUUGUGACAUGCCUUUCCACUUCACCUAUCCGCAGGAGCCCAGAGGUUAAGGAAGCCUUCAAAAAGUGUUCUCUAUUCCGAUAA